GAGAGAGAGAGAGAGAGAGAGAGAGAGAGAGAGAGAGAGACGCGCGCGCACACACACACACACACACACGCACACACACACACGCACACACACACGGUGGCAGGUGUAAUCUUCACUACAGCUCUCACUCUGGGUAACUUUCUGAAGCUGGAUCUCUGCUCGUUCUUCCUCGAGCUGUUACUGGAAGGACACAGCGCUGUUUUCACAGAUUUUCAUGCCGGAGUUGAAGGAAACACAUCCAUCCUGCACUGGAGCGCGUGACCGUUUGCGGAAUGCGUGAAUCCUCCUGCACUUUAUUUAUUUAUCUGCGUGCUUUUCGAGCCAGCAUGGUUGACAGCAGAGAGCUGUGAGUGAAGAUGAGGAGGGCCUUGUGGCUGGUGAGGUGGUUGAGAAUUGGGAUUGUCCUGCUCAUGCCCUUCCCUUACAUCAGGGCUCAGGGAACAGAAGACUGGCAUUAUGAUGAGUGUAAGUUGUAUCGAGCUGGACCGCCUGCCACCAUUGUGGCAAUUGAUGAAGAGAGUCCAAAUGGGACAGUUUUGGUGGAGAACAUGCAGAUUAACGGUCGAGCGCAGGAUCCAGGCCGCACCAUAUCUCUUACUUUGCUGGGAAACUAUGACUACUGGGUUAUACUGGACCCUAUCCUCCAGAGACUCUACCUUAACAGCACAGGAAGAGUACUGGACCGAGACCCCCCCAGAUAUAUCACCACUAUAGUGGUUCAGGUUCAGUGCACUAAUAAUCUGGUGGGCACUGUUAUUCUGCAUGAGGUGCGCAUCGUGGUACGCGACAGGAACGACAACAUCCCGCAGUUCCAGCAGCCUCGCUAUUACGUGGCAGUCAAUGAGCUCACUCCUGUUGGCACUACCAUCUUCACCGGUUUUUCAGGAAACAAUGGAGCCACUGACAUUGACGACGGCCCCAACGGGCAAAUCGAAUACGGCAUCCAGUACAACCCGAAUGACCCGAUGUCAAACAGGACUGUUCAGGUGGCUAGUACGCUGUCUGGUAACAUUGUCCUUGCUGAGAGACUGAACUAUGAAGAAAGAACACGCUACUUAAUCAUAGUCCAGGCCAAUGAUCGUGCUCCAUAUCCAGCCAGCCGGCACACUGCUACAACAACGCUGACUCUGGAUGUAUUAGAUGGAGACGAUCUGGGUCCCAUGUUCCUUCCCUGCGUUCUGGUCAAUAACACACGAGACUGCAGCCCUGUCACAUACCGUGCCGCCAUUCCUGAACUCAUAGACCCGAGCAAACUGAAUCCCCUAAACGUGUCGCCGCCCAUCCGAGCAGUGGACCAGGACAGGAACAUUCAGCCUCCUUCAGAUAGACCUGGCAUUCUCUACUUUAUUCUGGUUGGCCAGCCAGCCGUCUACCCAGAGUUCUUUUCUUUGAACAGGACCACAGCAGAGCUCCGCCUCCUACAGCCAGUGAGGAGGGAUCUGUACCAAAGCUUCAACCUCGUCAUCAAGGCCGAGCAGGAUAACGGUCAUCCUCUGCCUGCGUUCGCUGACCUGUGGAUAGAGGUGUUGGAUGAAAACAACCAGGCACCGUACUUCCAUCAGCCAACCUACCAGGGCUUCAUCAGCGAGUCAGCACCUGUGGGUGGCACCGUGUCUGGCAGAGCCAACCUCACGGCACCGCUAGCCAUCAUCGCCCUUGAUAACGACAUAGAGGAGAGUAAAGACCCACAAGUGAAGAUAACAUUGAGUGACUACAACACCAUCUUCUCCAUCACCUCUACUGGAAUCACACGUUAUCUUCUACUGCUCAGACCUGUGGACAGAGAAAUGCAGACCAACUACACCUUCAGGAUGGUGGCCUCUGAUGGCGUACAGCAGAGCGUGCCUGUAACGGUGAACAUCCUGGUUAUUGAUGCUAACGACAACACGCCCACCUUCUCUCAGGUCUCCUACAAUAUCGAGGUGUUCACUAAUAUGCAGCCUGGAGAAACCGUAUUACAGUUAACUGCUCAGGAUGCUGACGAGGGGCUGAACGGUUUGGUGACCUAUACCAUCUUGGCAGGAGACCAGGGUCACUUUGUCAUCAGUAGCCGUACAGGUCGAAUCACCAUAGCACCAGGAGUGAGUCUGACCGUGGGUCGCUCCUACGCCCUGACCGUCAGAGCAGCUGAUAAUGCACCUGAGGCAGAGAGGAGGAGUUCCAUAACUACAGUUUAUAUCGAGGUUCUACCGCCUAAUAACCAGAGUCCUCCACGAUUUCCACUGACAACUUACAACCUAGAGAUCAGUGAGGCCAUGAGGAUUGGAGCCAUCCUGCUCAAUCUGCAGGCGAUAGACCGUGAGCUAGAUCCAAUUACGUAUCGUAUUCUGAGUGGUGAUCCACAGCAGAUGUUCAACCUUUCUCAAACUAUAGGUCUACUGAUCUUAGCAAAGGCAUUGGACAGAGAGACCGUUGACCAAUACCUGCUCCUUGUGACGGCCUCCGAUGGACAACCCGGAGGGACGUCCACCACCACUGUCAGUGUUGUGGUCACAGACGUCAAUGACAAUGACCCGACCUUUGACCUCACCCUACCUAGGAAUUUAACUGUACAGGAAGAGAGGGCCAAUUUAUCCGUGGGUCUGGUGCGGGCCACAGAUCCAGAUGCUGGGCUGAACGGUCAAGUGCGCUAUCGGCUACUCUCCCAUGCAUCUCUCUUUACCAUUAAUGCUAACGGCAGCAUUUUCACAGCUGUGCCUCUGGAUCGGGAAACUCAGAGUCAGUACGAGUUGGUGGUGGAGGCAUCGGACGGGGCAGUGGACCCUCGACGCACAGUCCUCACACUGCUGGUGCGAGUUUCAGACAUCAAUGAUAACAGCCCUGUCUUUUCUCAGCCAGUUUACACUGUCAGUGUACCUGAGAACACUCCAGCAGGAACCGUCAUCCUGCGCCUUAACGCUACAGAUGAAGAUCUGAUCUCUAAUAUAACGUACAGGAUAAGGACAGAAUCAGCGAGGCAGCUCUUUGCAGUGGACAAGAUCACUGGAGCUCUGUCAGUGCUGCAGUCUAUGGACUUUGAGGCUCUGGGUCGAGACGGUGCAAACUACACCUUCCAGGUGGAAGCACUGGAUUAUGAAGCUGUUCUGCCACCUGGAAUAGCUACAGUUACAGUUAGGAUUACGGAUGUGAAUGAUUAUACUCCGGUCUUCGCUCGGCCACUCUAUAAAGGCAUGGUGGCUCCUAAUGCUGAGAAAGGAACGUUAAUCGCAACAGUGCACGCAACGGACGAAGACCCUCCUGGGACCCCAGCCAGCAGGGUGCGGUACAGAGUGGACCAGGAGCAGUCUCCCUACAGUGGCAGCAUCUUUGAUGUAGAGGAAACCUCAGGCAGAGUCAUCACCAAAGUGAACCUGAAUGAGGAACCCAGUACUAUUUUUAGACUGAUAGUGAUUGCUUUUGAUGAGGGUGAGCCAGUGAAGAUGAACACGACACUAGUGGAGAUCACCGUCCUGCAGCCUUCCAGAAUACCCAUCUUUACAGAGGAGGAUUAUUUUUUCAGCCCGGUGAGUGAGAACGCUCCGAUCGGCCAAGCUGUAGGAAUGGUUCUUGCAGCAGCUGCAAACACCACAGUCUUCUACUCCAUUGUGGGAGGCAAUCAGUUUGGUGACUUUCGAGUGGAUGACAGCACCGGAAUGAUUUACACAGCAAAGCUGCUAGACUACGAGACACGCACCAGCUACGAGCUCCGUCUGCAGGCCGACUCUCUGGCCCUCGUCCUAGCCAACCUUCGCGUGCCUUCCAAAACGAACACAGCAAAGGUGUUUAUCAACGUGCAGGAUGAGAACGAUCAUCCUCCAGUGUUCACAGAGUCUCUGUACAUUGGCGGCGUAACCGAGGACACCAAGACCUUUACAGCAGUCCUGAAGGUUAUUGCUACCGAUAUUGACACAGGGAACUACAGUAAAAUGGCAUACAGGUUGAUCAUCCCCCCCACUCCAGAAGGUCAGGACAGCUUUGUCAUUGAACAAUACACUGGAAUCAUCAAAAGUGCCAUCAUGUAUCGCAACAUGCGCCGCUCUUACUUCAAAUUCGUGGUUAUUGCCACAGAUGACUAUGGAAAAGGUCUGAGCAGCAGUGCUGAAGUGGUGGUGUCUGUGGUGAAUGCAUUAGACAUGCAGGUAGUGGUGUCCAAUGUGCCGCCUACCGUAGUUGAAGAGAACAAAGAGCAACUUGUCAGGAUUCUUGAGCGCUAUGUGCAGGACCAAAUCCCUGGAGCUAAAGUGAUAGUGGAAUCCAUCGGUCCUCGGCGGCAUGGGGAAGGAUAUUCAUUAGAGGACUACAGCAAAUCAGACCUGCAGGUGUAUGCCAUCGACCCUCUCACAAACAGGGCCAUAUCUCGACAAGAGCUCUUCAAGUUUCUGGACGGUAAGAUUCUAGACAUUAAUAAAGAAUUCCAGCCGUAUCUGGGUGAAGGAGGGAGGAUUUUGGAAAUCCGCUCACCAGAUAUCGUGGCUACGGUGAAGAAAGCUGCUCAGGCUGUGGGCUACACAGAAGGGGCGCUACUCGCCCUCGCCAUCAUCAUCAUCCUCUGCUGCAUCCCCGCCAUCCUCAUCAUCAUGAUCACCUACAAACAAUUCAAAGAGAAACAGGCCGAGUGUGCCAAAACCGCCCGCAUCCAAAGAUCACUUGCUGCUUCAAAAUCAUCUGCUGCUCCGGUUCCAGUUUCAGGUCCAGCUUCGGCUCCAGCCAACCUCUACGAGGAGCUUGGGGAUGGAAGAAUGCGUGGAUAUGGCAGAGAGCAACAGCUGCUGAGGCCAUCUUUGCUCAGGCCAGAGGCACUCUCUAUGGAAUCGGGUAUUGACCCUGGGCAAGACUACUAUACACAAGACUAUUACAGCUAUGAUCAAGGGUAUGAUCCGUAUCCUCCUUACGGCAGCCGCAGGAGGCUGAUAUCUCCCAUGUACGAUGAGUACGGAGAGGCCAUAACGGACGAUGAUGGCUACUACUACAGUGCCUAUGGCUCAGAGGCUGUCAGAAAGAAGCAGAUGAAGUUAAUUGAGGAGAAAGAGGGCGAGUCAACGACUACAGGUGAAGACAGUGGUUCAGACAGCCAGCGGAACCGUGUGCCUAAUGUAAACUGUCAAAGCAACGUGAACGGUUCGGUGUACCUGGCACAGAAUGGUACGAUCAUUCGAACCCGACGGCCACCUUAUCCUAAUAACAUAAAACAUUUUUCACCCGGGAGGCUUGGAAAACACUUCAAGAAACUGGACAAGCUAGGUGUUACACAGGAGGAACAUUUGCCGUUAAAUAGUACAGUGGAUAAUGGGCCUACUAUAGGAACCACUGCCACACUUUCAUCUAUGACUAACAACAAUCUCGACACCAGGCCGUUAACGUGGUCCAUAGGGUCUAGUAUAGGGCCAAAGUCCAACAUCAUUAAGGCGCAUUUGGACAAUGAGCAGGGGCGCUGUCAGCAGGAGCAGGAGUCCAGAGUGGACAAUGAGGAGGUCAAAGGGACCUCAGAGACUCCCAGUGAUCACACACUGUCUGAUGAGGAGGAGUUGUGGAUGGGCCCCUGGAACAACCUUCACAUACCAAUGACAAAACUCUGAUGUCUUUUAAUUUUUAUUUAUUCUAUUUUGGUUGAAUUGUUGUUGUUGUUGUUUUUUUUUUACAAUUUCUCUUUUCUUACCAUCUUUUCGUAAAUGCUUAUCAACAACCAAUAUAUAAUUGUAUUGAAUGCCAUCUGAUAUGUUAGUGUUAGAUAAAUCGUUGGUUGUUUUGGCAAAGAGAGAAGUUACUCCUAAUUCGAAAACAUAGGGACAAAAAGAAGAAUUAUUUACCUAUUAUAAUUCUUAUAUUAUUUUUAACAUGCAACGAUUGUUAUAAGAAUAUGUAGCUAACUAAAGAUGUUUUCAGGUGGUGUUUUUUACACACAGAAUUUAAAGGUUUGUCAUUUUUCAAGUACAGUCAGAUAGAUAAAUGUUCAUUUCAAACUUUUUUUGAAAUACAUAAAAGUACAAAUUAACAUCCCAAAGAUAUGAUGGGAAAUUGUUUUGGAUGAUUUUUAACAGAGUUUCAUUUUAGAAUAUAAAUGGCUAUCAUAGCCCUGAUAUUUUGAAGAAACAAUAAAAAGAGAGAGAGAGAACAUGUGUAAUACAUGUAUUUUCAUAACCUCAGUUCUGUAUAUUUUAAAGCAUUUGGAUUAUAUACAAAAAGAAAAUGUCUUAUAUACAUUUGUUGUUUUCUUAUAAAAAG